AUGGACACUGAUAACAGUAGUACAAAUUUGAGUCAAAGAUUUUGCAAAUCACACUCUACGAAAAGAUUAAAAUUUUUGUGUGUUGAUUGCAAUCAACUUCUUUGUUCGAAAGGCUGUGCAAGUCCAGAUAACACUCACAAGACUCAUCAAAUAGUAGAUUCUGACACUUUAAAAAAUGAUAUACUAAGUAGUAGUGGUAGUGUUUUAAAUUUAUCUUCAAUAAUCUAUAAUAAAGAUAAAGAUAACAACAAACAACAACAACAAAACGAAAAAGAAAAUAAUAAUAUUAGUGUUGUCAAUGAAGAUUUAAUAAAUAAUAAUAAUAAUAAGAAUAAUCAAAAUAAUAAAGAAAAUAAUUUAUAUACAGAAAGAUUAUCAGAGAUUUGGAAAUAUUUAAAACAGAAUAAUAAGGCUAUCGAAAGUUCAAAGUCAACUGAAGAACAUGUAAAAUAUCAAUUUCAUUUGCUACGAGAGUUUCUCAACAGAGAAGAAAGUAAACUGUUGAAUGCACUCUACAAGGAACGUGAAAAGGCAGAACAGAAUAUGAAUGUACUACUCUCAGAGACUAAAGUAGUAAAAUCAAUUCUUCAUCAACUAGGCUCCAAGACUCCAGAGAUAAAACAAUCAGAGAAAUUAGAACAACAAUUUCAACUAACUUUCGAUACAACAACGAAUCAACAACAAUCAACUGCUGCUGCUGCUAUUAAUAUUAAUAAUAACAACAGCAAUGGAUGUAAUGAUAGCAGUACUGUACAAUCAAUAAAUAAUAAUAAUAACAAUGGUUAUGGAAGUAGUCCACUUUUCCAGUUUUUAGGUACUAGUUAA